CACUGUUGCUCGUGUACUAAAGACCAUAAGGAUCUCCGGCCUCCUCGAUUGAACCCCACUCAUUGAAUUCAACUCUUAGGAAAAUCUUUUUUCAAUGGCACGAUUUGGACCUCAUUGUAGGGAAUCCGGCGAACGGGAACACACAAUAUGAACGAACAUCCGAGUCGAACGCAGGUCCUGAGUUUCGGGCGAAGAUUCAAUCAUAUGAGGUUCGAUCGUCUGAGAUUCCACUCCGUCAGUGCGGGGAAAAAUUCAACGGAGGAACACCUAUCCAGAUUGAGCCCCCAGAGAAACGGUAGACAACGUUCCGACUAUCACUGGAUUGAGGGAAGAGGUCGAAGCAAGGGACAUCAAAUGAGGAGACGCCGAUACUGGUCGAGAGCUGGUCGAGAUUGACGACUGGAUUCGUCGUCUUCUUCAUGUUCAGUAUAUUCAAGGUCCGGGAGACAUCCAGCAAGCUCACUCGAAGCGGGAAGUUCGACCUGCGGAAAAUAUCUUUUACAAGAUCGUCAAUCCCGGGAGUGUCAAUCUUAGUAUUCAGGAGGCAAUAUGCAAGAUCUCUGGAUCGAAGAUCUUGCCUGGUCGAUCAGAGGGGGGUUCUGGGCUGGCAGAGGCUGGCAGCUGCAAGAGCCCGAUCACAUUCCCGAGGCAUUGUGGUACAUUUCGAGAAAAAUAUGGUGAUACAAAUGUCUAAAGAAGUCCCUCUUCGAAAGACGCUGCCAAAGGCAAAGAUCAAAGAGAGAUAUCGAAGUAUCCGAAUUCUAGUCUGUCGAAGUUACCAUCGGUUCCCGCUGGUUCCAACGACUUCCCAUCGAAAGCCUUUUUUUUCAGAAGAAGUGUCGUUAUCGACGACCGGAUCGCCAUUGUCGUGCAUUCGAUCGGGUAGAUGCAGUGGAAGCCUUCGAGAAAAUCUCAAUGGUCGAGUUUCUCAAACUGAAAUCAUCUGUUUGUUUUUGUCCCGAAUAUUUUUGCGAAAAGUGGUAUCACGUACACACUUGCGGUAUGAAGAGCGGUAUCGCUCUCCAAUUCCUCGGGUGUGGAGGCUCUGCCGUUUUUGUAAAGGGGCUGUUGAGGAUAAAUGUCAUGCCCUAAUGGUAUGUGAGGCACAAGCAUUGUUGGUUAUGUACAUCCAUGUCGCAUCUAGCGCAAUGUGUGUAGCAUGGACCCCGGCUGUUCCUCAAUGGGGUGUCGGUUUUCCUUUCCUUUCCUAUAAAGUGUGAUCGCGUGUCCUCCUUCUUUUCCUCCUCGCAUAUCAGCGGCAAGAAUUCUUCUGGGGCGGCUGUCGUAAAAAUGGACUGGCGUGGCCUUUGAUAGCCAGCAGAGGCCGUUGAUAGAUAAUUUACUGUUUCUCGAACGCUGAGAUUUCUUACGAGGAUGCUCUCCUUGUCAAUGCAGAGGGGCUAUGGUAUCCCAUCGAGCUUCUCCAUAUCCUACGGGACCUUCCAUUUAGGCUCCGU